AUGGCGGCGGCGGCGGCGGUGGCUCGAGAGCGGGCGGGAGAGCGGCAGGUCCCGGCGCUCGGGCGGAUGCGGUGGCUGUCGCUGGUACUGGUCGUGACGGCGGCGGCGGUGACCGCGGAGCAGCAGGUGCCGCUUGUGCUGUGGUCGAGCGACCGGGACCUGUGGGCUCCGGCAGCUGACACCCACGAGGGCCAUAUCACCAGCGACUUGCAGCUCUCUACCUAUUUGGACCCCGCCCUGGAGCUGGGGCCCCGGAAUGUGCUGCUCUUCCUGCAGGACAAGCUGAGCGUGGAGGACUUUACUGCCUACGGUGGCGUGUUUGGCAACAAGCAGGACAGCGCCUUUUCGAAUCUGGAGAAUGCCCUGACCCUGGCUCCCUCAUCGCUGGUGCUCCCUGCAGUCGACUGGUAUGCUGUUAGCACACUGACCACAUACCUGCAGGAAAAGCUCGGGGCCAGUCCCCUGCAUGUGGACUUGGCCACACUCCGGGAGUUGAAGCUCAACGCCAGCCUCCCGGCCCUGCUGCUCAUCCGGCUGCCCUACACGGCCAGUUCUGGCUUGAUGGCACCCAGGGAAGUCCUCACAGGCAACGAUGAGGUGAUCGGGCAGGUGCUGAGCACACUCCAAUCUGAGGCUGUCCCGUACACAGCAGCCCUCACAGCGGUCCGCCCUUCCCGGGUGGCUCGGGAGGCAACCCUGGUGUCUGGGGGGCUAGGUCGGCAGCUGCUCGAGAAGACCACCCAGGCAGAUGUCCCUCACCCACCUGUGAGCUACAAUGACACGGCACCCCGGAUCCUGUUCUGGGCCCAGAACUUCUCUGUGGCUUAUAACAAGCAGUGGAAGGACCUGACCUCCCUCACUUUUGGGGUGCAGCACCUCAACCUAACCGGCUCCUUCUGGAACAGCUCUGCUGCGGUGCUCUCACUGACCUACCCGCAACUGUUUGGUACCAUGGUGACCUUCAAGUUCAUCUUCGCUAAUCGCUUCUACCCAGUGUCUGCCCGGCACUGGUUUAACAUGGAGCGGCUGGAGGUACACAGCAAUGACUCCAUCACCUACUUCAAUGCCUCCCAGAUCACAGCGCCAAGCACCUACUCCUUCCACUGCCAGUUUGUCAGCAGUACCAGCGGGAGCAACAGCCUGCUCGUGCUGUACACGCAGCCCUCUCUCUGGCAGCUGACCCUUCGUGACUUCCAGAUCCAGGCCUUCAAUGUGACGGGCGAGCGCUUCUCCUAUGCCAGUGACUGUGCCGCCUUCUUCUCCCCGGGCAUCUGGAUGGGGCUACUCACCUCCCUCUUUCUGCUCUUCAUCUUCACCUACGGCCUGCACAUGAUCCUCAGCCUCAAGACCAUGGACCGCUUCGAUGACCACAAGGGCCCCGCCAUUGCCCUGACCCAGAUAGUGUGACCGCCCUGCCCUGCGGGGGGUGGGGGGGCUGAGGGAAGGAUGGCUGGUCACUUUUUCUCCUCUGGUCACACUGGACUGGAGGGCUGCUUCCUGCUCUCCCUCCCAUGCAUGAAGCAGUGUCCCCCCCCUCUCCCCCUCUCUUCCCUGGGGCUGCCCCCACUGGUACCUGCUGCGAGAUGUACAUACUCUGCAUAGCUCCCAGGCCACUCUCCCAGGCUUAGCUGGGAGGGGAGGAGCUGCUCCUCCUUGGAACCCUUCCUUCCCCUCCUUAUUUAUUCUCCUUUCUCCAACAUCUGCUGUUUAUAGUGCUUUCCUGUAGUGUUGUAUCCCCCCCCCACCCCGCCCCAAGCUUUAGGGGGCUCCCUGUAGCAGCUCGAGGGGGGGCAGUUUUAGUUAGUUGUGUCCUGCUUGGCUGUGAUUUCAUCCCUUGGUGGUGUCGUGCUAAAACUCAGCAGUACAGUGGCUGUGUGUCCUUGGCCUGGCAGGUGGGUUGGUGGGUGUCAUCCUUGGAACCCUGGCAGGAGCCUGGGUACUCUUUUCCUCCCUAAUAAAGAAACACUGGCCAUGUUG